CAAAUGAACUCUAACAAAAAUACUAAAAUGCUUUUACUUCCCACAGUUUUGCUGGUGUACAUUUGCUAGAACAGAAGAUGAGUAACCACAGAAAAAAAGUGCUGAUUACAACACCAAGAAAAAGACACAAGCAACCUCCUGAAACAAGACAGAAAGGAGGAACUACUUGUAAAUGAAUGAUCCCUCCCAGACUGAAGGAAUCAUCUGCACAGUGGAAUUACAUGUAUUCAAAAAGUGGCAGCAGCAUUUGAUACAUGGAAGAAUGUAAACGUUGUUAACAGGGGAAGAAAAUAAGGAAGAGUCUUUGUAAAAAUGGCUUACACUACGUCAAUAACUCUAACGACACAAAAUCAUUCCAAUACAAUCACAUGUGAUUUGUACAGUCAUAGCAACACAGCACGGAUUGCCAUGCCACUGUUUUACAGUUUUGUUUUGUUAUUUGGACUGUUUGGUAAUCUUUUGGCUUUACUGGUAAUAUAUCAAAAUAGAAGAAAGCUGAACUCGACCACUCUAUACUCCACAAACCUUGUCAUUUCAGACAUUCUAUUUGCUACUGCUUUACCAACAAGAAUAACCUACUAUGCUCUCGGCUUUCACUGGCCUUUUGGGGAGACAGUCUGCAGAAUCACCUCCUUGUUUUUUUAUAUCAAUACCUACGCAGGAGUAAAUUUCAUGACAUGUUUGAGCGUAGAUCGCUUCUUUGCAGUGGUGCAUCCACAUCGCUACAACAAGGUUAGAAGAGAAAAGUAUGCAAAGCUUAUCUGUGUUUUUGUUUGGGUGAUUGUUUUUUCCCAAACCUUUCCACUUCUUUUACAGCAAAUGUCAAAAGAGGAAUCGAAUGGAAAAGUUUCAUGCAUGGAAUACCCAAAUUUUGAAACAAUACCAAAUCUGCCAUUUAUGCUUCUUGGUGCAUGCUUUAUUGGAUACGUUAUUCCUUUAGGAAUAAUAUUGGUUUGCUAUACAAAAAUAAGUAUAAAGCUAUGCCAAAUAACAAAGGAAAACCCUCUCUCUGAAAAGUUGGGAACAAACAAGAAAGCUAUUAAUACAAUCAUUUUAAUUAUUGCUGUGUUUUUAAUUUGCUUCACCCCAUAUCAUAUAUCCAUCAUACAACAUAUGAUUAAGAAAUUAACAUACACUCCAGACUGCAGUGAGCUGCAACAUUUUCAGAUCGGUCUUCACAUUACUGUGUGUCUAAUGAAUUUAAACAGUUGCUUGGACCCGUUUAUUUACUUUUUUACCUGCAAAGGAUACAACAGAAAGAUCAUGAAAAUACUAAAACGCCAAGUAAGCGUAUCUUCAUCCAGUGCCACCAGACCAGCUGCUGAGGAAAGUUCACGUGAUAUCGUUGAAAGUCAGUUUAUGGGUCCAACAAACAUUUCCAAAAGACAUAACUAAAUCUAGGAGCAGAUCAGUGUUAAUUAAGAGUUCCCCUGAAAAUGUACUGUAAGCAAACAGCUACUGUGUCUUUUAUGUGUGUCUUUGUAGUAACAUUUUUCAGGACACACAAGUAAUUACAAAAGGAGCAACCUGUUAUCCUGCUGUUGCUUUUCGAGAAAACACAUUUACAUCAGAAGUCAUGAAGUGGCUCAUUCGAUGUAAAGUAUAGAGACAGCAUAUGUUUAUUUUUCAUUUGAGAGAUAUUUGUGAUAUUCACAAAAUUAAUUUUAAAUAUAUAUCUGUAUAUACAUGAAGACUAGUUGUCAAAGGAACUCCGGAUUCCAAACCAAAAUUUGAUAAAGAGGCCCGCAUAACACAAUAACCCCUAAUAUACCCAUCACAGUUACCUGUUUCUUCAAAAAGUAUGAAUAAAUGCCAUUUUCUAUGCUGAAAUCCAGCUUCUCUUUCUGCAUCAUUUGAUAUCCUGGCAGAGAAGGAGAAACAAAUUUCUUGCUCUUAUACAGAUGGAAGUGAAAAUAUCCAUAGAGCACACAUUUAAUGUUACUAAAGAAUUACAAUUUAGUUGUCCCAAAAGAGCAGGCAUCUAAAGUGCCUUGGCAAGCCAUGUGUAGUCACUGCCCUGAGUAAAACCAGUACUGCUCCCUGAACUGGGCAGGACAGCCUGAGGGUCAUUACACCAGCUAAUAUUGAAAACCCCCACCUUUUGCAUAAUGGGCCCUUGUUAAAGUAUAGCGAGUGACCAGGUUUUCUGAAUGUCAAAAAUAGGAAGUUAGCUUUUAAUCUUAACUCUGCUUAGUUAGAUAUUUCUAUGAUGGGUUUACUAAAUGUAUCUCUUGACAUUAAGGGGCUUUUUGGGGCAAAACUUGAAUUUACUUUUUUUAAACUCAAAUUUUUUUUAUUAAAGUCCAAUGCAGC